CCCCCCCACAUCACGCGCCAGCGGGUGGGGGAUCGUCUCCCCUUACAAAGAUGGCGAAUGACCACCCCUCGUACUGUCCGGCGGAAAUAAUUUACGUUGGCAAGGUCAUUCGACCCCCAGUUCUCUGUUUAGGGUUAUGAAUGCACACGUGCGCGUGUGUGUGUGUGCGCAACGUUGAUUAAACGUUAAUUAAAUCACUCUGGUUAUUAUCGUAACGGUUUAAAUUUUCACCUGCAAUGGGUAUCGGUAACAUGUAUAUGUUUCUGAGUUAAAUCCGUAAAUGUAAACGAUAUAUAUUUGUAUGCUGCACGGCGCUGUGGGGCCCUUUAAGGGGCGGAUGGGGGCGCGGAACCAAUUUACAGACACCGGUGUUAAGGUUCCGGGUCAGCGGUUGGCUUAUAUUCUUUGAAGUCUUUAACGGGGGUUUAACAUCUUGAAGUUAUUGAACAAAAACUUCAGUCAAUUAUAACCACAGUUAAUCUCUAUUUUUUAUACGUAAUAAUAUUGUUCGCGUUUUUAGUUGAAGUUUCGUUUGAGUGUUAAAACCAUCGCAAGGGCCUGAUGCGCGUGUCAAUGGAGAUAGGAGGGGAAACCUGCAGCCCUUUUAACUCGUUUAUUUUGAUCUCUUAUAUCGCGUAACAAACAUACAAUAACUGUUAUAACAUUAUUAACGAUGAUGUCCAUGGAGAGCUUUAUUGUGAAGUGGCAGGAGCUGUUGAAGGAGGAGAGGGAAGCUGAGAUAGAACAAGCCAAGUCAUGGCAGCAGGGAGUGCCUCUCAAGGAGCUGCAGCGCCGUGGCAUCUGCCUUCUGCGCUUACACCUCUGCAACAGGCGUACCGGCCUCUACGGCCGCCAGCUGCUGAAAUUCGCUGCCCGGGGCGGUGCGCCUGAUUCUAAGCUCCCCAGCAACGACUUCGGACCAGGCGACAUCGUGGGCCUGUACGAGGGCGCGCGCGACGCCGUGGAGGCGCAGCUGGCGUCGGGCGUGGUUACGCGUGUCUCGGCGUCGGCCGUCACGGUGGCGUUUGACGAGGCGCACGACGCUCUCGACCUGAAACACGACGGGCCCUACAGCCUGCUCAAGCUGGCCAACGACGUCACCUACAAGCGCCUGAAAACUGCCCUCACAGCCCUCAAUAAUCACCAUGGGGGACCGUCAGGACAGAUGAUCUCCGUAUUGUUUGGGACCUCCGAGCCCAGUGCUCCUCUGGCACACACAGGACAGGUGGAGUUUCUAAACACGGCUCUCGACCACUCUCAGCGCGAGGCCGUGAUCUUCGCCCUGGCCCAGCGGGAGGUGGCCAUCAUCCACGGGCCGCCGGGCACGGGCAAAACGACCACCGUGGUGGAAAUCAUCCAGCAGACAGUGCGGCGUGGAGAGAAGGUGCUUGCGUGCGCGCCGUCUAACGUCGCCGUGGAUAACCUGGUGGAGCGCUUGGCGUGCGCGGGCGUGCGAGUGCUGCGGCUCGGCCACCCGGCCCGCCUGCUCGACUCGGUGCGCAGCCGCUGCCUGGACGCCGUGCUUGCCCGCGGGGACGACGCGGGGAUCGUGCGCGACGUGCGCAGCGACAUGGACAAGGUUCACGCCAAGUUGAGAAAUGGCUCGGAGCGAGGGGAGCGCGCGCGGCUCCAGGCGGAAAUGAGGAGCCUCCGCAAGGAGCUGCGGGAGCGCGAGGACACUGCCAUGAGGAACAUCCUGCAGAGUGCUGACGUCAUCCUCGCUACAACCACGGGCGCGUGGGCUGGGGGACCGCUGAAGCUACUGCCCCCGGCACACUUUGCCGUGGCGGUCGUGGACGAGUGCGGGCAGGCCGUGGAGGCCGCGUCGUGGCUGCCGCUGCUGCAGGCCCCACGCUGCGUGCUCGCUGGCGACCACCGACAGCUCCCGCCCACGAUCGUGUCCCAGAGGGCGGCUGAGGGCGGGCUGGCCGUGAGCCUCAUGGAGCGUCUGGUUGAGCGGCUGGGCUCAAGUGCCGUGCGUAUGCUCACCGUGCAGUACCGCAUGAAUGCGGCCAUCAUGGACUGGGCCUCACAGCACGUCUACCAGGGCAAGCUGGAGGCCCACCCCUCCGUGGCCUCACAUCUGCUCAAGGAUUUGCCCGGCGUGGAGGCGACGGAUGAGACGGCACUGGCGCUGCUGCUGGUAGACACUGCCGGGUGUGGCCUCCUCGAGACGGAGCUGGCGGGCGAGCAGUCAAAGGGCAAUGCCGGGGAAGUUGACAUUGUCUCGGCUCAUGUGCAAGCUCUUAUUGAUGCGGGAGUGAAGGCGGAAGACAUUGCAGUGAUCGCUCCCUACAACCUUCAGGUGGACAUGCUGAGACAGAAGCUGUCCGAUCGCCACCCGGAGCUGGAGAUUCGCUCGGUAGAUGGCUUCCAGGGCCGGGAGAAGGAGGCGGUCAUCCUCUCUCUCGUCCGCUCGAAUCGCAAAGGCGAGGUGGGCUUCCUGGCGGAAGAUCGGCGCAUUAACGUGGCGGUGACUCGCGCGCGGAGGCACCUCGCCGUGGUGUGUGACUCUUGCACCGUGCGGAGGCACGGCUUCCUGGGCACGCUGCUCGACCACAUGGCGCGCCGCGGCGAGACGAGAACUGCCUACGAGUACCUGCAGGACAUCGUUCCGGAAAACUUCAGUCACGUCAAGUCCACCGACGAGCCUCGCACCGAAGGUGACAAAGAGGGCGGCGGUGGUGCGAGGGCCAAACCUCAGCAAAUCCGUGACAAGACCAGCGGGGGGCGUGCGCCAAACUCCAAAGUACAGGCGGCUGUGUCCGCAGCUCGGGACAAACGAGUGGACGCUUCAGUGCAUAAGAUGCCGAGAGGAAGCGCAGAAACUGCGACGCAAAUAGCGCCUUCCGUGAGCUCCAGCAGCACCCUAGAAGAGCUGCGCAAGUGUGUCGAGGGGUUUGUCGCCGACCCGGCAAGAAAUCGACUUGAUUUCCCAGCUUCGCUGAACUCCCACGAGCGAAUGCUGGUUCAUCAGCUGGCGGAGGAGCUGGGGCUGGGCCACGCGAGCACUGGCUCGGGGAACCAGCGCCACGUCGCCGCGUGGAAACCGGGUGAGGGGGCGCCCGCCGUCGCGAAACCCAGUGUCGCCAACGGUGAGACACGCAGGGGCCGCUCGGAGGCCGAACAAUUAGAUGAGUCCUCGCGGAAGGAGCCAAAGAAAAAGGCGUCUCAGAAAAAUAGCGCAGAGAGGCAAUGCUUGGAGAGCGAGUCCCUACGCGCGGGGGGCUUGCAGAAAGAGAAGUCCUUGCGCAGGGAUAUCUCGGAGAAAGAGCCUUUGCAAAAUAAUGCAUUGGUGGGGGGGCCUAGGCCCCUGCAGGCCUCCACGAACAUCAAACCAGCUUCUCCCGCAAGCAGUCGGCAGCAGACCGCCGCGUCGGGCGGCGUCGACUUGAAAUCAUUGCAUUUGGAGCGCGUGGAGCGGGAGCAUGCCAGGCAGGAGGAGAAGCUCAGGCAGCAGAAGCAGCAGAAUGAGGACCCUGGCAAGAAUGGGAAGACCCGGACAGCUCACACCAAAGGAGAAGUGGGAGGAAAAAGCGGCAAGACGGGCGUCGUGGGCGAGAAGGCGGAAGAGGAUUUUGACGCCAUGAUUGCCGCCAUGGUGAAGGCGAACAGCAGGUGCGCGUUUGCCAAGUGCAAGACGUCGGUGCAGACCCUCAGCCAGCACUGUCAGUUCUGCAAGAGCCUCUACUGCCUGAGCCACCACAUUCCGGAGGUGCACGGCUGUGGCGAGCAGGCCCGAGCGCACGCGCGUCGUGCGGUGCUGCGCGAUGGCGUUCUCUACCCCGGCAGCGGUCCACGGGAGCGCGCCUCCGACCCGGCACGCCGCCAGCAGCUGCAGCGCCGCUUCGAGAAGAAGAUGAACGAGAUGGUGAGCCAGCGCAAGCCCAAGCAAAAGGACAAGGACAAGGACAAGUAGCGGCAGAGCACUCCGUAGUUCGUGCCCACUUGGGCAGCUUCCGAGCAGGUCUCUUGAUUUUCAAUUUUUUCAUUUGGUUUCUGUUAUUUUUAAGAUGCAUCAGUCAGAGGCGCACCGCUCUUGAACAGCAGCGAAGGUAUAAUCUGCUAAAUGUUACUAAUUUAAGGGGUGGGGAGCGGAGGCACAGCGGUUCGCACGUUGCGCUUUGAACCCGACGACCUGACAUCGGUGGAGAGUGACAGAUGAGCUGCUCCUGAACCCUCCCCCCUCUUUUCCAAUCUGCACUGCAUUGUGGUGAAUUAUAUGGUUGAACAACCGUCAUGACUGGCAUGACAUGGAGAGGCCUUCAUCCCGGAAUGAUAAAACCAUCUACAUUAUUUUUGUUUUAGUUUUUUGGGAUGGGUUUACAUUGCCCUCUACAGCCACUAGAGGGCACUACCCUCACCACAAUGUUAAAAUAUAUGGUGAAGUAUGGUCAGAGCAACCCCCAUGACCAACACAGCAUGGGUAGGCCUUCCUUUAGCAUUUGUUUGAAAAAAGGCUGUAGAUUAAAAAGUCUAAUUUGAAACAAUUUGCACUUUGUUGAAGAAAUUGUACAUUUGAAAUGCAUGAUACCGUUUGUAUUUUCUCUAUGGGUUCCUUCAAAUCUGAUUACGUGAAUUUUCAUUUGCAAUAGAAAAUGCUGCCUUUGGCGUUUUUAAAGGCAUUACAUAAUAGGAUCAUAACUCGGCAAGGAUGGAUGUCGUGAAGACGGACAAGGACACACUCCCAGUAGUUUAAUGAAAUGAGCACAGGGCCACACAGUAUAUCUAACGACAGCAUCACCCCAGGCUCUUCCUAAAUAUAGUUCUGCAUUGAGUUUCUUUUCUCAGCCAAAUGUCGCCAAGUUUAACUCAUUCCAUUUCACAGCUCAGUGUCUGCUUCUUGGUUGAUGUUUGGCUUGAAUUGCAGCCGCAUAUUUAAUCCAUAUGCCUCUCGCUAAAUCAUCUCAAAUGUACCAGAUCUCAUCAGUUCUUGGAAGUUAAGCAGGAAAGAGCCUGGAUAGUGCUUGCAUAAGCAACUACUGUGCAUAAAACAGGUGUUAUAGACUACAGUUUGGCUACAUUGUGGGCAGCAGAGGGCAGUACAGAAAAAUCCAUUGUACUGUAUUAUGCUCCCAUGGUUAUCCUCCCCACCUUCACCAACUUGCCCUCAUCCAGCAGUGGAUUGACAAAGAGGGCUGCACGAGUACCUGUACAUUUAUUUCCACUCCGUUAAUGUUCACCUGAGCUGAGAUUCAGCAGUUGGGACCUAUCAAAGAAAAUCGAGAGCAGGUAAGAUCUACAUUUUAGAUGGUGACCACCGUGACGUGGAACGCCAAUCAGAUCAUGUUUACCUGUGUCACUUUCAAUGCAUAUUGAGGUGUUCACUCACAAUUAUAUUUUUUACAAACAAUUGCAAGCCGAAUGUAUAAUUUAUGUACACGGUAUAAUAAAGUUGUAUGCAGAUUAA